UCAGGGUCGUUCUGUCCCGUUUUGUUUGGUUAGGUUGACAGAUCCAGGAUCUGGGGGUUUGGUACAGUAUGAUAAAAGGCGAUAUUGGCCUAUCCUAUUUGCAAUUAUUGAUUGUUCUUCAACACACCUGUGUCUAGAAAACAAGAUCUCCAAGAAGUUCUCAUGUGCUGGUCUUGUCACAGCAGCACAGAGGAGUACACGUCCGGUUUGGCAAAACUCGCUCAGUCGGGGUGAUUUUCUUGAGGUAUUUUCAUCUCAUAGCCUGGUUGUGUGCCUGUGUCGACUGUGUGCUGUGCCUCUGUCUACUGUGUGCCUUCCUGAAAUAUAUGAAAACAUGAAAACCGGCAGCCUCACUACCAUGUCGAGUCCUGAGGAAAAGGAUGUCAGAUACCGUUUUCACUGGAAAGACGAAGGUCCCGACGAUACUCCCGAAAUGCCUGCAAGAUCUCAAGAGUUUAAUCCUGUGAUAAAAAUAGCAACCAGUAUCAUCAUGGGUGUCCUGUUUGGAUUAGCUCUGGAAAAGGGCAGAGUGUUCGAACCUCAAAUAAUUCGGCAACAGAUGGUGUUACAGAAUUUCACCAUGAUGAAAAUGUUUGUUUCAGCAUCUGCCACAGGGAUGUUGGUGUUCUCCUUCCUCACGAUGAUCCCGGCGACUCGUAGGAAGAUGCAGCGCGCAGUGCAGGAGUACAUGUGUGGUCUCCGCUACAAGACAAUCUUUGGGACGGGUCUCGGGGCGGCCAUCUUAGGCACCGGCAUGACUCUCGCUGGCGCGUGUCCAGGAAUGGUGCUAGCUCAGGUUGGGGCAGCCGUCCCGCAUUCAGUUCUGACUGUGACGGGCGGCCUGCUGGGUGUUUACCUGUACGCCCUCACUGACCCGGUCCUUCCCUACUCCAUUUACAGGAAGAGGGCGAAACAACCGUCAAAACUGGAUGAGCAAAUGGGCACACCUUACUUCAACAUGGCUCUUCCAUUGGCUGCUCUCAUGGGUCUCUUUGUCUUUGGGCUUGAGGUUUUCUUCCCGUGGACCACUGAGGUGGAACAGUCUGGCUCGGGUCUCUUCGGCCUGAGGUCAUGGCCUCCUUUUGUGGUGGGAAUGUUGAUCGGAUCGCUCCAGGCUCCGGCAGUUCUCAUCCUCCACGACACUUUAGGUUCCAGCUCUAGCUAUUGCACCAUAGCGUCUCAGGCUCUGCACAUUCCCCCUCUCGAGAGGCCGCUCGCUUAUCUCAGCGGGUUCACCAGCGGCAUGUCAAACUGGUGGCAGGUGAUCUUUGUGGGCGGUGCUGUUGUGGGAGCGCAUCUGUCGGCCCAGGCGUCGGGAACUCUGCACACCGUGGACGGCGUGGGCCCGAUGAGCGCGCUGGUGGGUGGUCUGCUCAUGAUCUUCGGAGCUAGGAUGGCCUCCGGAUGCACCAGUGGUCACGGACUGUCUGGCAUGGGUCUCCUGUCACUUCACUCCCUAGUGGCCGUGCCUGCCAUGUUUGCGGGCGCCAUUGGCACCGGGUGCCUGAUGAAGUACGCUCUGGAAGUGGACAUGUAGGCAGCGAGAACUACAAGGGCUUAUCAUCCCACUGCUUGUAUGUGAGGUGUGUGCUGACAAAAUGCGUGACGUCUCGGAUUUUUUGCCGUAUGUAAAAAUUGAUGCGUCAACUUU